AUGAAUUUGGUUUAGAUCCAAUCCAAAUCAUCAAACCCUCCCUCUUUGGCAUCAACUCUAUCUCAGUUUUUGUGUUUAUUUCUCCCCUACCGUCUAUUUCAACAAUGAAGAAAACCAGAGCAGAAACCGAUGACUUUCAUAAUAGAAACAUCAGAAGAGGAGAGGAGGUCAAUAAGAUCGGAGACGUCUUGGAGACGUUGAAUGUCGAAGUCCCAGUGAAAACUGUCUCUGGUUCCUCCUCCACCGAUGUAAGCCCCACAGAAAUUACUGGACUCCACGGCAGUGUCCUCGGAGACAUCCUGGAGCGCCUGUCGUUGAUCGACAUCCUCCGUGCAAAGGCUGUCUCUUCUUCCUGGAACUCUUCCAUAGAAGCCUUCCUCUCCUCUGACCCUUACGUGCGACUCCGCAAUACCCCAUCGCUCAUGCUUCCUCCACAACAACAGGGAGAAGAAGGGUACACAAGCUAUUCUAAUCGCACCGGUGACAGUUCUCACCGUAUAAUGAAUCUCGAAGAAAACAUGGUUUACAGUCUGAAGAAGACAACAUCGGACUUGUUUCUUGGGUCUUCUUCCUGCAUUGGAUCAUCCCAUGGAUGGUUGAUCUUUUUGGACACCAAAGCAUUAGUUCCAUUCCUCUUCAAUCCUUUUACUGAGGUUCGAAUCCAACUCCCUUCCCUCAAAUCUCCCUUCUGCAAAUAUUGUGCAUGUUCUGUUGUAAAAGCUAUUUUGACUGCAGAACCUGGUGAAGAUUAUUAUGUGGUUUUGAUGCUCCAUUUCAAUGGACCAAAGCUUGCAUACUAUAAGGAUGGGGACGGAUUCUGGACAGAACUUUAUGAUUCGAGGUCUCAGACCUAUCAAGACAUCAUAAGCUAUGGUAAUAAUAAGCUCUAUGGAAUAUGCCCCAAUGGUGCCAUUCAUUGUUGGGAUUUAUGGGGAUGUUUUGGUCGACCUGGGAAAAAGAUCAUUGUUUCUACCGCUGCUUUACCUGCAAAAUCAGUUCAGAAAAUAGGUUACUUCUCGACUCGUAGCAGCACCAAUUACUUAGUUGAAUUGUGUGGGGAGAUCCUACUUGUUGUGAGGUUUAUUUGUAGUGAACGGUUGGCUCCUAUGGAAUGUCGUUACAGAACAGAACUAUUUGAUGUAUACAAGUUGGAUUUGAAAAGGAGGGAAUGGGAAGAAGUGAAAUCCCUUGGUGAUUGGUCGUUGUUUGUGGGGGGAAAUCACUCAGUGUCAGUAUCAACAAAACAUCAUAGGACUUGUAAAGGGAAUUCUAUUUACUUCACCACAGAUGAUUUUUGGUUUAGAGACUAUUCGGGUUGUGACAUGGGUAUCUAUAGCUUGAAAGAUAGAGAAGUCAUGUCGAUUUUCAAAUUUCCUAGAUGCAAAGACUUCAAAUUCCAGCCACCAUCCCGCUGGCUUGUUCCAAGAUGGUAAUUAAAAAUGCAUCAAAAUAAACAUAUAGCAAUAGUAUUUUUGAAGGUUUUUGUUAAUUGUUGUGCAGAAUGUUAUUCACUCUGUUAUUCUAUUUAUGUUGUGGAUAUAUUUGGUAAAAUUUAUCAAUAAAAGUUUAGAUAAAUU